AUGGAAAAAAACCUUAAGACACCUAUUUACAUUGGUGUAGGACAGGACAAUGGGGAAAAUAGACGACGCCGAGAGAAUAUUGUGCAAGGUGAAGUACCGGGACAAAUGUCUUCAGCUAAUCAUAUUGCUCACGCGAAAAAUGAUAGUAACGCUACUUUGAAUGGAGAAGUAUCUGGACGAAUGCCUUCAGCUAAUCACAAUGUUCAUGGGAGCAAUACUGGUGCAGCUACUACGUUAGGAGAAGUUCCGGGACUAAUGUUUUCAGUUAGUCCAAUUGUUCACUGGAGAAAUAAUAAAAAAGCAACAAUGCAAGGCGAAGUACCGGGACGAAUGUCUUCAGCUAAUCAUACUGUUCACGGGAAAAAUGAUAGUAAAGCUACUUUAAAUGGAGAAGUACCGGGACGAAAGCCUUCAGCUAAUGAUAUCGUUCAAGGGAGAAAACAUAUUACAUCUAAAGGUGGCGUCGUUUCCGGUACAAUAACCAGCAGUGAUAUUGAAAGAGGUCCACCUUCAAGUGACGCAGAUAAAUCAUCGGAGGUCGUGCUCGAUACAUCAUCCGCACAGAUUGGUAGAUCUCCAAGCAACACGUACAAAUCAUCGGAGGUCAUGAUCGAGACGUCAUCUGCACCAUGCUGUCAAAGCUUGAUAAAGGCGUGCGGUAACGUGAAGACCAGAGGAAAAGUGUUAUCGACAUUCAUUGGAAAGUCUUGUUCCGGACUCUGUUCGUUUAAGUUGUUACUGCAACUCUGUCUUCCACUUUGUUCGCUAAGCAUCGCAAUACCCAGUGUUGUAUUGCCAAAUUGGGCUUGGAGUGAAACAGACAAAGUAGCGGUUGGUUUGUUCAAAUGCUGCAAUUUUACUGAGGAAAACCGAACUAACUGUUCACCAUUGUCUGACUGUGUUCCAUCAGAUUCUAACUUUUUUCCGCUCAGGAAGGGAGCUGCCGCCCUUCUUAUCACAUACAUAGCUUUCCACGGUGUAACCAUAUUUCUAGCAACACGAAGCCAACAAAAACACAAUGAUGACACUGUAAAUUAUCACGGUUGGGAUGCAAUUAUUAGUUUUUGUGCUGCUGCUGUUGGCUACAUCGGCAUCUUCAUAUUUUUAUUAGGUUUCCGCGAAACCGCAAGUAUAAACGCAUUCCCACCCCGAAUGUCAAUGAAUCUGGCGAUAAUAUCAUGUGUUAUCUACCAAACUUAUGCAGCCUUCUUGUUAAAAAGUCGUAAACCCUUGACGUCCGUACCAAUUGCGGUUGUUGUGAGCUAUGUUGUGGUAUAUAUAAUGACAGUAGUGCGAUGA